UGCAACAGGUUAAACCAAAUGACAAAAAAUAUACUAGCCAGUCCUGUAUUCAUGUCGAGCAUCGAAAGAAAACUGCAGCCUACAUGAUCUGCAUUCUUAAAACAGUUAACAGACCUGUUGUAGUCAUUGCUGUUGAAAGUGGCACUGUUAGCUAACAGUCCGGUUAGCUUUCACCUGAACACGAAUAAAAUAAAUCCUAGCAGUCUUCCAACAGCACUGGCAAUACUAAAACAAGACAGCCUUUGGCAAGUGAGGAAAAGAAGGUUGAUGCCGACCUCGCAAUGUUUCUCCUAGAUUGCUCUACUUCUAGGAUUUCUUGCUUUGGCGAAAACAACCAUUGGCUGGGACACAAUCUGUUUCCCUGCUUCAGUGGAUGCAGGGAAAUAAGAUCCUAAGAUCCAGAGAGUAUACCACCACCAAAUCCACAAUUUUAAGCUCACCUGGGAAAAUACAGCAGAAGAGUCAUCAUUUGAAACGACACCUUGUUGACACAUCUGAAAAGCUCAGUACCCUUAAUACCCAGGAGGCUCAGUGAAGCUCGACCCAGCCACCGACGUCCUCGACCGGGCAGGACUUCUCUUUGGAGUUCACCUAAUCUACUAAAGUGCAGGUGGUCAGCACUUGCUUUGCUGGUGAUCAGGCCAAGACUUACCAAAUACUGUCAAACCCAGGUGCUUGUGUGCACACAGGCUUUCAUCGCUGACGACUGGCAGACGAUCUGAUAACAUUAAACUCGAGGCCUUCACCUUUCUUUGAGAGGGAGGACUUCCUCAUCUGUGUUGUCAAGAGGUACAGUUGUCAGAGGCCAUGAGUAGCUGCUGGGGUGACAGUCUCCAAAACCCUUUGACGUGGAACACCUAAAAUGGGGACAGGACUUGCUGCCAUGCUGCAAGCUCAGCUCUAAUCACCGUGAAGACGCCCUUCUGUUCACCUUUCUCUCUACUUCAAAUUGGCCUGCUUGCACCUGACCUGCAGCACUUCCUGAUUUGAAACUGCUGCUCACUGCCUUCUUCCCUUCAACUCCUUUCUUUUCCUCCUCUAUACUGAGGCGACCUCAAACACACCUAAUCCAAACCAUGGCCAGCAGACUCCGUUUGUCCUCCCUGUUUCUCUCCCUUGUGCUUCCUGCACUGUUGCUCCUCCGCCUGCCCUGCAUAGUGAAAGGGGACUGCUGGCUGAUAGAGGGUGAUAAAGGCUACGUUUGGCUGGCUAUCUGCAGUCAGAACCAGCCUCCAUACGAGACCAUCCCCCAGCACAUCAACAGCACGGUUCAUGACCUGAGGCUGAAUGAGAACAAACUUAAGGCUGUGCUCUUUACCUCCAUGUAUCGCUUCACAAACCUUACUGACCUCAAUCUAACCAAGAAUGAGAUCAGCUACAUCGAGGACGGGGCCUUUGCUGGACAGGCCAACCUACAGGUUCUCCAGUUGGGCUACAACAAGUUGACUAACCUGACUGAGGGCAUGUUGAGAGGUCUGGGUCGAAUGCAGUGCCUCUUCUUGCAACACAACCUCAUUGAGGUCAUUGCCACUAAUGCCUUCUGGGAGUGCCCCAGCCUCAGCAGCCUGGACUUAUCCUCCAAUAAGUUGGCACGUCUUGACCCGUCCACCUUCACUGUCCUCAACCGGCUGAUGGUGUGUGAACUAGCAGGAAACCCAUUCCACUGUGGCUGUGAACUCUACAGCUUUCUCUCCUGGCUGGAGGCAUUUAACAAUGUCACCCACACCUAUGACCGCCUCCAGUGUGAAACCCCUCCAGAAAUGAGUGGUUAUCCACUCCUGAGUCCAGUGCCCGGACACGGAAGAAAUGCCCUCUACAAGCUUGUAUCUAAGUGUCAUGAAGGUGCGAUAGGGAUGACCUCCCAGAUUCCAGAGCAAGAUGGCUCAGGAAUGGGUUUGGACAAUCCAGACCAAGGUCUUUACCACCAGCCCACCAUAUCGUCUACUGCUGACCCCACCUAUAGUCAUCAGAUUUCUAUGAAGCUUCAAACUGUGUCCCUCUACACCGCUUCACUAAUUGUGCAAAUCCCACGACCAUACAGUAAGAUGUACAUACUUUCCCAGUACAACCUCACUUUUGUUGCAGAUAUCAUGCCCCUUAAAAACAAGAAGGAGAUAAUCUCUUUGGACAAGCUGAAACCACACACCAACUAUACCUAUUGUGUGGCUUCAAUGAGCAAAUCUCAGCGCUACAACCACACUUGUCUGUCCUUUACCACACGAGCUAUGGGGCCUGAGGACCAGCGAACCAAUCCAUCCACAACUACCCACUACAUCAUGACCAUCCUGGGAUGUCUGUUUGGCAUGGUCAUUGUGCUUGGAUUCGUAUAUUACUGUCUCAGACGACGACGUAUACAGGAAGAGAAGGAGAAAGCUAUAAGUGUGAAGAAAACUAUUCUGGAGAUGAGGUAUGGCCCAGAGGCAGCUGCGGCAGUGACCAAUGACCCAGGUGCCAUGCAGCGUCUCCAGGAGCAGGCUCACCACCAGCACCAUCAUUCAGGAGGGGCAGGAGGCAAACUGCCCCAGUCUGCCUCCUCUAGCACAGGCAUGCUCCAUGGUUCAGCCAAUACCAGUUCUUCCCGCCUUUCCACCUUACCACAGGUGGAAAAAAUGGCCACAGCCUUCUCUGAGGCAAUGGGCAGCAAGGGAAACUACAUGGAUGUGAGGACGGCGGGAGUUGCAGGGGAAGGCAGGGAGGGAGGGGUGGCAACUGGAGCAGUUGGAGUAGGAGGGGAAGUAGUUGUGGAUAUGCGAGGUGGGGCUGAGAAUGGGACAGAGGCUGGGGAGGAUUCGGAUGACGAUGGCCGUGGCUCAGCAUCAGAGAUCUCCACCAUCGCCAAGGAGGUGGACAAGGUGAACCAGAUAAUCAACAACUGCAUUGAUGCCCUGAAGCUGGAUGCCUCUGCUAAUGUUGUGACCACGGCUGACAAUGCCAACUCCGUGUCCUCCUCCCAGCCUCCAGCUUGCAUCGCGUCCCUCCCCCGCAACCUCCUGCCCCUCUCUCCAGGCCACCCUGGAGAUCAGAUCAUGGCCUCCUCUCCAAAGGUGCAUCCAAAGUCUCACCCCCAGUCUCACCCCCUGCCUCACCCCCAGCCUCACCCCCAGCCUCAUCCUCAUCCUCAGCCUCAUCCACAGCCACAUCCGCAGCAGCAUCCUCAGCCGCAUCCUCAGUUGCAUCAGCAGCCUCAUCCACCUUCUAUGGCACCAGUGCCCCUGGUCAUGCCCCUGUCUGAGCGGCCUGGUAUCAGUGGUGGAGGGUUCCUCUCCCCUCCUUACCGUGACCCACCCCCAGCUAAUGCAGUGCGACCACUUCAGAGGCAGUUGAGCGCUGACACUGCUGUGGUGAAGAACCGUUGUGCUGCCCCUACUGUGGGAUCUGUCAAGAGCACCAGGGUGUUUAGUGUGGAUAUCCCUGAGCAACGUAGUGAUCCUCCCAAGUAUCCAACUGAAAAGAGUAGCCCUGUGGGUUGUGGUGGAGGGGGUGGAAGCGGAGGUGGUGGCGGAGUAGGGGGCUGCAACGGGAACGGGAUGGGAAACAUAAAUGGUGGUGGGGUGAGUGUGAAUGGGAGUGGGAUGGGGUGUAAUAAUGGGAGUGGAGGAGGGGUGGUUGGCCCUGGACAGCAGCAGCACCACUUGGAGGUUCAGCCAGACUACCAUAGCUCUGAGCACCGCCACUCCUUUCCUGCACUCUACUAUGAAGGUGGCAACGAGUCACCCUCACCAGCCCAAAAGGCCUCAUUCCUCAAGCCACUGGGGCGUACCAAGAGGGAUGCCACAGCCACCUACUCCCAGCUCUCACCUUCUCGUCACCACAACUACAACUCUGGCUACUCCUCCAGUCCAGAGUAUUCAUCUGAGAGCACACUGCGGAUCUGGGAGCGAUUCCGGCCUUACAAGAAAAGCCCCAGAGAGGAAGCAUCCUAUAUAGCGGCAGGCCAUGCCUUGCGUAAGAAGGUGCAGUUUGCCAAGGACGAGGACCUUCACGAUAUUUUGGACUACUGGAAGGGGGUUUCUGCCCAGCAGAAGCUGUAAGCUGAAGAAGCAAAGUCCAGUACUAUAAGGGAGAUUGUGAAGUUGGAUGCCAACAGCAGACUAAUAAAGGGAAUAGAGGUUAAUGUAGCAAGACAGAUAAUGAAGAUUCCUCUGAGGUGUCCAGUGACAUGGGUCACAUGGAUCUGCUGGAUCCAGUUUUAAAGAGGUUUUCUCUCUGGGCAAUUUUUUGGGAACUGAUUCUAUGAUAUUUCAUUGACAUUUUAAGAGGUUGUUUCUGAAGUUGGCUGUUUUCACCACAAUACUGAGUGAUAAUUAACAAGAAUCAAGCUGUUCACCAGACUGCCUCAUACUGGGCACUUUGGUCCUCACAGGCUUCCAUAGACCAGCUGAAUCCCCACUAAUGAGCAAAGCAAAGGUGGUGAUAAGUGUCUUCUACCUCAUUACUGGCACACUGUAGCUGAGCUAUCUCACCAGAAGCAGCCCCAUUCAUGACUUAAGCUCUGUCCCUCUUUUUUCUAAUCCCAUCAAACCACCAUUCACAAAACAAUCAUUCCAUGGGACCGCCAACACCUGCUCUCCUAUAGAAGCAUCAUUUAGGGAGAUAAUGAGGGAGCAGGAUGAGGAAUUAGGUGCGUUUGUUUUAGAAUAGCCUGAAUCUUCCUCUCUGGGGAGGACAUUAAAUGAUACUUAUCGGGCUAAUUGUUCUUCCUGGCAAUUAGCCAGCAUAAGAAUAGGUCGGGGAAACGGUGUGUUGAGCAUGCUUAUCGAUUUGAGACACCUAACUACAUAUGUUCGGUGGUGUGUGGGCAUGUAUAUAUGGCUUGUGCAUGCUGGUGUGAGUGAUUAUGUGUGGGUGGAAGAGUGAGGUUAGGGCUGAGACAUCUAUUAUUCUCAGUCUCCUCCACGGUAGCAAAGUGGAUUGCUUAGUAGAGAUGCUUUGCAUACAGUAGAUAACAGCCCAGUUGGGGAGUUGUGUCUGUAUGUGUGUGUGCAUACGUGAAUGUGCGUCUGUCUGUCUAUCUUGAUAGUAUGAACUAAACCCUCUCAAGACCCUCAGGCAUUUUUAUCUGCUAGCCCAUUUCUUAUUUACAGGUGUAGCAUAUUUCUUUUUAUAAGGGAAGCUAUGUAAUAGGAAAUUUACAUUUCAAUAGUGCAAGUCAUGCAGAAAUUACUUUAGGGUGGGUUCUGCAGGUUAGCAAGACAGGUGUUAGCUUAUAUAUUAAAGAAUCCAGUGAUCACAUUUAGUAAUAGAGGCAGAUUGAAGCAGGUUAGAAGUUUACUGUAGCUGCAUCUCAUUUUGAACAUGCCAGUGUUGAGGAGACAAGAUAGAGUUCAGAAUAUUUUCAGGUGGUGAUGGAUCAGCUCAAGGCAAGGCGGCACAGAAACUUAAAAUAUGUCAAAUGCUCCCUGCACUACUCAGUGAGAUAAAAUGGAUGGUAAGGAGAAGUGAAGGCCUGAGGGAUAUACUUUGCCUCAGUCUGGAUGACUCUUCACUUAGUAUACAGUAUGUGACCUUUCUCUGCUCUGGGCGGGAGCUUGCUAUGGACCAAAGUGCCCUUGGGAGGUAUGAUUCCACAAGUUUCUAUUACAUUUAUUACAUUUUCUGUUCUUUUCCAAUAUAACAGAGAACAAGGUAGUCCCAAUGAGAGAGACAGUAACUGACUUUUUGUGUAUUUUUAUUUAGAACUGGAUUUGAAUUUCUGGGUGUUAUAAUGAAAUCUGUUUAAACAAAUAGGAGCAAGGCUUGGUGCUAUUGCAGAAGUGAGAGACAGAUGUUUUACUCACUUGCAUUCAUGCACAGAGCAUUCUUACACACAAGAGACACACGUGCUGAUAACUGUAACUGUACAAAUCCUUAUGCUUUCAAUAUCCAAAACACAAGCUAAACACACUUAAAAUCCAUAUAAAUUAUCUUAAUGCUCUCCCCCUGCAUCAACAUGCACGCUGUCAAAAUAUUAAUUUCACUCUGCCGCCUUUAUUUCUUUUUUCUGCCUACUCUUCCCAUCCUCAGCACUGGCAUCCUGACCCCUCUUCUUCUGCUGUGAUACAUCUCAAUUGAAACUGUAUAAAUUCUGUUUUAAAAUGUCUAAUUAAUUCAUUCCCCUCUGUUUUUUUCCCCUGCCCGCCACCUCUGUCCAACUUAAUGGGGUAAAUUAAUGAGUAAUUUGCAGAGGUUGAUGUCGUACCAUCAUCUGAGGUCAGAAGAGCAUGCUGAUAUUAUUAACUCUGCCAGACUGGGAGCCUGAUUGAAAUUAAUGACGGCUGCCUUCAUCUGCCUAUCUUUCUUUCUGUCCCUGCCUCCCUCAUCAGAUGCUUAACCAUGUUCCACUUCUCUCUGUUGCCUCUGACUGUUGCAGACAGGAAUGGUCCUCAGACAGUCUGAAAAACUAUGGUCAGAUUUAUGCUUCACCAUGACUGUGCAGGUUAUGAGCAGGCCAAGGUGAGCUAGUCUGGGCUCCAACCACCUCCUGGGCAUUAUUCUUUCCCUUUUGAGUCUGAUUGGCCAGGAAGGACCAGUCUGUCAGGCCUGGAAGUAAUGCAUUCCUAUUUGAUUUUCCACUGGGUUAACCCCGAUAUCAUCGUUCUGACAGGGCUUUGAUUCACCCGCUGUUUGAAGUGUGAGUUUGAUGGGGAAAGUGAGAGUGGAGGGUGGCAUUUGCUCUUUGACCUGAAAAGAUCUGUCUACAGCAGUGGCUGUAUGCAAAAGGUCAGCUAGUAAGAUACAUCUGUUGUGAAAUAAACAAAUAAGAUUAUGUUCAUGAGCAUAAAAUCAUGCCUUUACCUCAACAGCACACUGUCUCCAGCAAAAAGUAGUUCUAGCUAACACUGUGAGCACUCCAAACAAAGUUCCCCUCACCUUUACUAGUAUUGGUGUGGUGGCAGAAAUCUCUGAAAAAUUAUCUGAACAGCUAGAUACCUCGAGGGCUAAAUGAGAAAAUAUGUUUUGUUACUUUGGUGAACUGACCGUUAAAUUAUGCUGUAAUGAAAAGCUGUCUGUUUUUAUUCACCCAAAGUACCCACUGUUUUUGCUUUUGAUAUUCCAUUGUGUUUCAUAUUGAGUAAUGGCCUUCCCUCUGACCUCUCUAUGUCAUCUGUGGCAGCCAAUCCAAUAACCCCACUAGCAUUCACAAUGGGAUGUCAAAGGCGUGUCAUUACUCUCCUAUCAGAUCAAUAGAACUUAAUUUGGGCAGGUGGGACCAAAUAAGAAACACAGAGCAAAUUCCCUUGGGCACUCAGUUGGACAGCCUCCAUUUUUAUAAAGGGCCCAGUUUUCUAUUUUGUCCUUUUGUUCAAAUUUCACUGGCAGCUCCCCAUCGUGUUGGGUCCAAGGAAUCACCAGUCAAUUAGUUUUAGAUUAGUACCACAGGCUAUGCAGGGGUGGAAGCUUUUUAAAAAUAAUGACAUCAUUUGGAAGAACAGGGGGAAUCAAGCUGAGGUUACCUGCACAUACCCUCAAGGCCUUUCUCUAGAUGUAAGGAAUAACAUUAGUUCAGUUAUUCAUAAGCACAGUGUGUAUAAUUGUCACAAUUUACAUCUGAGAACAUUACUCAUUUCUGUCCAACAGUCCAGUGUUCCUCAUGCUUUUAUUUAGAUCUGUAUACUUUUUAAUUGACUUGUUUGCUUAAUUAUUGACACGUAUUACUAAAAAUAAUAAUACAUUUUAGUUUUAAUAUACAGUCCAUCCAUGGUGGCUAAGCCUUGCUCCUCUUUCUUAGUUAACAUAUCUCCUUACUGUUCAUAAUAUGUAUUCAUCUAAAGUUAUUUUCAGUUGACAGUUGGGUUUUGAUCUUCCUUUCUUACAAUGACAGGCAUUUGACUCCAGUCCUCAGAGGCCAGAAUCCACAAGUUGAAACCGACAGAUGCACAGAUACUGUACCUUAGGGAUUGUCUGCAUGUCUUCUCUUCAGUCUGGCCAAUUAACAACAAUGAUGAAUCAAUGUGAAGCAAUCACUGACAGUCUCAGACUUCUACAGGAAAAAAUAACAGGGAAUAAUUGAGACAGCACAACUUGUGGCAGUUUCUGAGGAGUAGAGUCAAACCCUCUCUGUCCAGAGCUGUGAAUCCUAGAAGUGCACUGGAAUUGGCAAUCAGGCAUGGUGUCUGCUCUGAACAAAAUAAUGAAACCAUUCAGUGGGCCUUUUGUUCUCCCAUUUUGGGGGUCACAAAGAGUCUAUGUGCCAAGAAAUUUGACUCAACAUCAAGAUUACAGCAUUUGUGAUUAACAGGUACUUUGGAUGGAACAGCUCUGGUGAAUAAGCAACAACAGUUUUAUUAACCUAAGAACUAGAAGGAUAGUUUAUAUACACCUCUGACUAAUUCAUGUGGGUUUUUCACUGUUCUAGACAAUUUUGCAGGCUGCCUCGGGGACUCAUUGCUACACAAGUUUGGUUUCUCAUUUCAGUUUUGUAAGUUUUUGAAGUUCGGGCUUAUUGAAAAACACAAAUCAAUAGUCAUGGACAAUAAUGGAACAACCCUCUUGAUUGCCUCCCUUUGGAGUUGUAGUUGCUCUCCGUGUGAACCUCUGGCAGAGAAACUGUAGACUUGCAAUGGCUCCCUGGGAACGGCAGCUGAGGUCUCUUUGCUCCUGUUUAAUUAAACCUUUGAAUCCAUACAACAAGGCCUGCAGUGGAAACAUGGACUUUGUUUUAAUGCUGUAAACAUUAAAACAUUGUACGGAUAUAGGCUGGCUCCACACUUGCAGGAGUAAACCCAGAAGCAUUCCUCUUCCUAUCCCCUUAUGCCCCCUUCCUCCUUCACCAUUAACAAGUUAAUGGACCAUAAGAACCAGUGCUGUGAAUAUAACUUUUUGUCACUUCUCCUGGAAUUUAAUAUCAGUAAAGAAAAUGGGAGUCUUGGGACAGAAGUUAUGCGAUAAAGGGAAUUCAGCAAAAUGUCCCUAGAAUUCAAUCUCCACUUUUUCCCUGAUACAUUUAUCUCCCCUUACAAAAUUGUGCAUUCUGCUAAACAGAAUAAUAUAUUUAUGUUGUAAACAUGUAAAAUAUAAUAUCUUUUUACAUCAGAUACAUUUCAGAAGCUGCAGUUUGGUGAAAUUUGAAAAUAAGUAUUUUUGUGCCAUAGUGUGACAGGGUGGAACAGUCCUGUUUUCCACUAUAGGGCUAAACAUGGCUAGCCAGGGCUUAACUCACAGUUCAUUACAGCUACGUCGUUCAGAACUUUCUCUCACAUCCUGCUGCUGUUUCUCAGCAGUUAUAAUUCCUUUCCAAUUAUUUCCUCUGAUGCCACAACUGUUGAGAAUUUUAUUCCAGUAUCAUCAGUUUUUGUUGCAUGCCCAUUUUAAUCAAACUUAAUACAUGAAGUGUAAAGCUUAAGUCAAACAAAGCUGCUCUACUUUGGAGGUAGACUUCUGUUGGGCCGCUGUGAAUCUUGAUAGGCAGAGCCAAAAUUCCAGGAGGUUUCUUUACAAUGUCUCAAAGGCAGACCUUUAUCUCAGGAUGUAUAGAAAUGUUGUCUUCUUGGACUGGCAGGCCAUCAGCCUAUGGACAGAAUCUGAAUCUUAACUACCUAGGUCAUUUAAUUGACAGAGGUUGCUAGAGGCAAUAUGAAGAGUUGGAGAAAGUACUGCUUAAAAGGCUCAAGUCAGAGCACAAUUACCCCCCCCUGCAGAAAGCACAGAUUUUGUCUGGCUAAGAAGCCCAACAAAUAAGGCAAGAAAUUACAGAGCAGGUUGUUUAAUAUAAUGACUAGCUUGGUUUGUUUGGGUGCCUGUCAUUCUGUUAGCAUUAAUGUUACGGCAUUACAUUAAUUGCCUACCUUUGCCAAGGAGUAUAUAUUUUCAGUUCUGUUUCUUUUUCUGUUUGACUGUCAGUUUGUUAGAUAUGUCAAAAACAUAUUCACAGAUUACAGUGAAAUUUGUUAGAAGGAUUAGGUCUAGGAACACGUAAUGUUUGUUUUAAAAAAAUAUUUUCUAUUAUCUUUCUGCACUGCACCAGAGUAAAAGGUGCACUGUCAUAUGUAUUCCAUAUCUGUCAACAGAUUUUGAGGAUUACAUAGCCUUGGCAGAGGUAUGCCCUCAUCGAGUACGCAUUCAUUUAGAUUUAACUACUAACGAACUGUGUUGCUGGUUGGCUCUGCCUGAAGAAUUUUUUCUCUCUCACUUCAGAAAUGUUUGUGUCUAACUGAAAGCAACACAGCAAAUUCAACCCCUAACCCCUAUUUCUCCUAAGACCAGUUGUGUUGACCUUGGCCCUGGCUAGUUUUACUGGCUCUAAAGAGGAAGCGGGACUGUGGUUUAACUGCAAACAGUGCUGUCUGUCUGCUGUUGAGGUUGAGUCGUUAAUUUGUUGAUUCCCUUGUGGGUUGACCUGAUCAUUUGACUCAUCGUCAACCAAAUGAGAAAGACUGACCGAGGGAGUUCCCUUGUGAAACCAACACACAACAAAAGUGGAGGAGUAUCUACCGGUGGCCAACUGUGACAAACACACACUCACACAACCACACGCACACACACACAUACACUAAUGUAGAGAAUCAAUGAAUAUACUGUACGUGUUUGAAUAGAUUAGAGUUACACUAUAUGGACAUGAAAUGUGAGAACACACACAACAUAUACC